AUGCCUGUCCCAAGCUACAACGCCAUGCCUCUGAGCAAGAUGUUCCUCGGCGUCCGCAUCCUCCAGGCCAUUUGCAUGAUCAUUGUUAUCGGUAUCUGCUCCAACUUUGUGCAGAUGAUUGUCACCACUGGCAUCGAGCCGCCCAAAGAGUUUGUCGGAACUCUCAGUGUAGCCUGCAUUGCCACGCUCUAUAUCAUGGUCAGCGUAGGCUACUACUGGUCGCAAGCCAAUCUCGGACUCCUCGUCAUGACUGCUGUCGACUCGCUACUCCUCAUCGCCUUCAUCGUCUGCGCCGUCACUUUGGGCAAGCCCAUCUCCUAUCUCAACUGUUACGUCAUUGGCAAGUCCUCCUCGGAGGUCGAUGCACAGUACGCCUAUGCCUUUGUCACCGCCGCUUCCCAGAACCUCAACAAAUCGGGAUCGAACAUGGGACUUAUGCACUGGGCCGGCAUCACCCGUAACAACUGCUUCCAGGCCAAGACUACCUGGGGCAUGACGAUCGCACUGUGCGUCUUGUUCACCACCUCGUGUGCGCUUCUGCCCACUCUUUGGUACAAGAACAAGAAGCCUGCUCCCAAGACGGUCGAGGAGGCCUAG